AAAAGUAGCAUACCAGCUUUGAACCAAUAUGAUAAAACCGAAGUAAAGAACAUAUAUGAAAGAAGAGGGAGCCGGAGGAGAAAUAGGUAUCGAAGUGCGGAGGCGCAGGCGACGGACGGACUGACGGACAAAACUACAAAGCCCGGCUUUUUGCGCAGCUGCGAAUUCCGUGGAGUUUCUGACAGGUUGGACCAAUUCGGCAAUUCCAGUUCUCGGUGUCGGUGGAAGAGGAGAGAGCAGAGAAAGAUACGGUUUAUGCUGGCUUGCUGCCACUGCUGACCCCUCUCCUCAAAUUUCUCCUUCCCCUUUUAAUUUCCCAUUUAUCCCUAAUAUGAAUGAAUGAGAACUCAGCCACCAUCUUUGCUCUCCCUCGCCGUUGACGCUUCUGUCCUUCACCUCUCUCACUUCUCCGAUCUCUCUCCUCUCCCUGAUCACAUUCUGCUCGAUCUCUUCCUGAAGAGAACCUUGAGAGCUGGGAAGCUGAAUGAGAAAAUUCUGAAGCUUUUCUUGGCAACAGGCAAAGAAGAAGUGCUUUCUCUUAUUCAGACACUCAAUAUACAACACAUCCUGACUCCCGUCCUUCCCACCAAGUCUCCGAAGAUGUCUGUAGUCAACAACAUUGAAGAUGGUGAGAUUGACAUUGUGAUUGGAGCAUUGCACUCCGAUCUCAGGCCAUUUAUGAGUGCGUGGAAGUCCAUAUUUUCUCGUUAUCACUUGAUUAUUGUCAAAGACCCUGAUCUCAAGGAUGAUUUACAAAUACCAGAAGGUCUUUCUUUCAAGAUUGACAUCUACACAAAGUCUCAUAUAGACAAAGUAGUAGGCAGUUCCACCUCCAUUGCUUUCUCAGGUUAUUCAUGCAAGUAUUUUGGCUUCCUCGUCUCUCGUAAGAAGUACGUUGUCUCAAUUGACGAUGACUGUGUGCCGGCCAAAGAUGCUGAUAGUUUUCUCAUAGAUCCAGUGGCUCAACAUCUGAGAAACCUUGCAACUCCAGCAACACCUUUCUUCUUCAAUACCCUUUAUGACCCUUAUCGUAAUGGGGCAGAUUUCGUUCGUGGGUAUCCAUUUAGCUUAAGAAGUGGGGUAACAUGUGCUUUGUCAUGCGGGCUCUGGCUUAACUUGGCAGACUUAGAUGCACCAACACAAGCACUGAAGCCAGAAAAGAGGAACUCCCGUUAUGUUGAUGCAGUGAUGACCAUUCCAGCCAGGGUAAUGAUGCCAAUCAGUGGGAUCAACAUUGCUUUUAACCGUGAGUUGGUAGGGCCGGCACUAUGCCCAGCUCUGAGGUUGACUGGCGAAGGGAAGGUGAGAUGGGAAACAAUGGAGGACAUAUGGAGUGGGAUGUGUGUGAAGGUGGUGUGCGACCAUCUUGGGCUUGGAGUGAAGAGUGGGCUUCCUUAUGUGUGGAGGAAUGAUAGAGGUGAUGCCAUUGAGAGUCUGAAGAAGGAGUGGGAAGGCGUGAAACUAAUGGAGGAAGUGGUUCCUUGGUUCCAAUCAAUGGUGUUGUCAAGAACUGCAACCACGACCGAGGAUUGUGUAGCUGAGAUGGCGAAAAGGGUGAAAGAGCAGUUGGGAGGUUCUGAUCCUGGGUUUGGUCGUGCGGCUGAAGCUAUGAUGGAUUGGGUGGAGUUGUGGAAGAAGGUUGGUUCUGGUCCUUCCCCAGUCUAG